AUCACUGGACUGUAGAACUGGUUGCUGAUUUUGACCUUGCAUUCAAAUUAACUGUUCCCCUUGGUAUCUGUACAUAUCUUGGAUUUCAGUCUUUAGUACAUGUGGCCUGGUCACUUCAUGGCUAAAAACGUGCUUGUGGAAGACAAGUCUGUGGCUUGGAAUAUAAAUAGUUUCUGGAAAGGACACUGACAACUUCACAGCAAAAUGAAGUUCUUUCUGUUGCUUUUAACCACUGGGUUCUGCUGGGCUCAGUAUUCCCCAAAUACACAAGAAGGACGGACAUCUAUAGUUCAUCUGUUUGAAUGGCGAUGGGUGGAUAUUGCUCUUGAAUGUGAGCGAUAUUUAGCUCCCAAGGGAUUUGGAGGGGUUCAGGUCUCUCCACCAAAUGAAAAUGUUGCAAUUCACGACCCUUCAAGACCUUGGUGGGAAAGAUACCAACCAGUUAGCUAUAAAUUAUGCACAAGAUCUGGAAAUGAAGAUGAAUUUAGAAACAUGGUGACUAGAUGUAACAAUGUUGGGGUUCGUAUUUAUGUGGAUGCUGUAAUUAAUCAUAUGUGUGGUAAUGGUGUGAGUGCAGGAACAAGCAGUACUUGUGGAAGUUAUUUCAACCCUGGAAGUAGGGACUUUCCAGCAGUCCCAUAUUCUGGAUGGGAUUUUAAUGAUGGUAAAUGUCAAACUUCAAGUGGAGAUAUCGAGAACUAUAAUGAUGCUACUCAGGUCAGAGAUUGUCGUCUGGUUGGUCUUCUUGAUCUUGCACUGGAGAAGGAUUAUGUGCGUUCUGAGAUUGCUGAAUAUAUGAACAAUCUCAUUGACAUGGGUGUUGCAGGGUUCAGACUUGAUGCUUCCAAGCACAUGUGGCCUGGAGACAUAAAGGCAAUUUUGGACAAACUGCAUGAUCUCAACAGUAACUGGUUUCCUCAAGGAAGUAAACCUUUCAUUUACCAGGAGGUAAUUGAUCUGGGUGGUGAGCCAAUUACAAGCAGUGACUACUUUGGAAAUGGCCGGGUAACAGAAUUCAAGUAUGGUGCAAAACUCGGCACAGUUAUUCGCAAGUGGGAUGGAGAGAAGAUGUCUUACUUAAAAAACUGGGGAGAAGGUUGGGGUUUCAUGCCUUCUGACAGAGCACUUGUCUUUGUGGAUAACCAUGACAAUCAACGAGGACAUGGGGCUGGAGGAGCCUCUAUUCUUACCUUCUGGGAUGCCAGGCUGUAUAAAAUGGCAGUUGGAUUUAUGCUUGCUCAUCCUUAUGGAUUUACACGAGUAAUGUCAAGCUACCGUUGGCCAAGAGAUAUUCAAAAUGGAAACGAUGUUAAUGAUUGGGUUGGGCCACCAAAUGAUGAUGGAGUAAUUAAAGAAGUUACUAUUAAUGCAGACACUACUUGUGGCAAUGACUGGGUCUGUGAACAUCGAUGGCGCCAAAUAAGGAACAUGGUUGCUUUCCGCAAUGUAGUGGAUGGUGAGCCUUUUACAAACUGGUAUGAUAAUGGGAGCAACCAAGUGGCUUUUGGAAGAGGAAACAAAGGAUUCAUUGUUUUCAACAAUGAUGACUGGUCAUUUUCUUCAACUUUGCAAACUGGUCUUCCUGCUGGCACAUACUGUGAUGUCAUUUCUGGAGAUAAAAUUGAUGGCAAUUGCACAGGCAUUAAAAUAUACGUUUCUAGUGAUGGCAAAGCUGAAUUUUCUAUUAGUAACUCUGCUGAAGAUCCAUUUAUUGCAAUUCAUGUUGAAUCUAAAUUAUAAAAUUUAAAAUUAAAUGCAUAUCCUCAAAACAAUA